ACGAAUCGUGAAGACGGAGCUUAGCUUGAAAAACCGACGAGCUAAAACAACCUGUUGAUACGACCCCCGCCCCCCCUCCGUACGGUUUGUUGUUAAAAUAAAGGGAAGGAGGUAGAGAUGAGAGCCGUUCUAGCGUGGAAAGAAACCAUUCGGGACCAAUGCAUUUAUGAUCUUGCAUUCAAGCCGGAUGGCAGCCAACUCAUCAUCGCCGCAGGGCUUCGUGUCCUCGUUUAUGACGUAGCCGAUGGAACUAUUAUCCAGCCUUUAAAAGGACACAAAGACACCGUGUACUGUGUGGCCUACGCUAAAGAUGGUAAAAGGUUUGCCUCGGGGUCUGCUGACAAAAGCAUCAUCAUCUGGACUUCUAAACUGGAGGGUAUUUUGAGAUACACUCACAAUGACUCCAUCCAGUGUGUUGCCUACAACCCUGUCACUCACCAACUAGCCUCCUGUUCUUCUGGGGACUUUGGUCUUUGGUCACCGGAGCAAAAAUCCGUGAACAAACACAAAGUGAGCAGCAAAAUAACAUGUUGUGGGUGGACA